AUGCACGCUCUGUUUGCGAUAAAUGUGACGAGCGCCGCCAAGAACCUGACAUAUCAGAUCGAAGUCUCGUGGCCCUUUGGCUGGGAGUAUGUCGUCGACGGCAAUGCCCUUGGCAUGACCGCGUCCGAAGGGUUCAAGCGGCGGUUGGCAGUGGAGCCGUCGCAGCCUGACAGCGUCGUUGUCAGCAUUGGCUACCCACUCAGCGACGACGUCUACAGCUUCACCCGGCGGGCCGUCGACUUCCGGCCGCCGCUGCCAACGCCCCAGACGCCGCCCUCGGGCGCCGACGAAUUCAUCGACUUCAUCGACGCGUCGCUGCGCCCGUGGAUCCGCUCGACCCUGUUCCCCGGCGUGCGCUUCACCCGUGACGCCCUGUACGGCCAUUCGUUUGGCGGCCUCUUUGUCGUAUUCGCACUCAUCGCCCGGCCCGACAUGUUCGACACGUUCCUAUCGGCGAGCCCGGCGCUCGAUUGGGCCAACGGCUCGAUGCUCAACAUGGUAAGCCAACGCCUGGGCACGGGCGGCGGCCUGCUGGUGUAUGGGAGCUGCGGUCACAGUCGGAAAGGGACCGCCCUGUCUCGGCCGGCAGUUGUCAUUAGCUACGGCAGCUUGGAGCAGUUCCCCGUGCGCAGGCGGACCGAGACCGAGGCUGAAUUCCAGGCGCGAAAGGCCAUCAUCCUGUCUUUCAGCCGCAUGACCGACUACUGCCACGAGCUGUUUGACCGCCUACAAGGGAGCCGCAGGGCCAGAGACGUGGUUCUCAAAGAGUAUAUGGGGCAAGACCAUAGCAGCGUGGCUGCGAGUGCCGUUGUGGACGGCAUUGACUACUUUGUGGAUUGGUAA